CGCGGAUACGUCGUUACUAGAACUAAUACCCUUAGGCCUUAAUAAGCUUGAGUGGAAAUGACUUAUUCAAAUAGGUUGUUUUGUUUCCACCUCUGCAACAUGGUUGCUUUAGCGAUCAUAGCUUCCUCUCACGCUACUCUCUCUCCUACCUUCUAUGACAAAGUGUGUCCCCAGGCCUUACCCACCAUUAAGAAAAUGGUUCAAGCAGCAGUGCAGAAGGAGCGUCGAAUGGGCGCCUCCUUGCUUCGUCUUCAUUUCCAUGAUUGCUUCGUCCAUGGCUGUGACGCUUCAAUUCUGCUGGAUGAGGCGCCGGGUAUUCGAACGGAGAAGACUACUGCACCCAAUAACAACUCUGUUAGAGGAUAUGAAGUCAUAGACCAAAUCAAAUCUAAGGUGGACCAAGUUUGUCGGGGGCCCGUGGUUUCCUGUGCUGACAUCGUCACUGUCGCGGCUCGGGACUCUGUGGUUGCACUGGGUGGACCGACAUGGAAGGUACCAUUAGGGAGGAGAGACUCAACGGAUGCUUACCCGGAUGAGACCAGCGACCUCCCUGGACCCGCAUCAAGCCUCUCCACACUCCUCGCUAACUUCAAGAAACAAGGACUGGAUGCUAGAGACUUGGUGGCACUCUCGGGUGGUCAUACAAUUGGAUUAGCACGGUGCAUUUUUGCCCGACCGGAGCAAUCAGAUUGCAGCAGAGGUGGCCAAACUUUGGGACCUCUAGACUCCACACCUACACACUUUGACACAGUUUAUUUUAAGAGCUUGGUGAAGAACAAAGGUUUUCUUCCCUCAGAUCAAGCAUUGUUUAAUGGUAGCUCUACCGAUUCUCUGGUGAAGAUAUACAGCUUAAACCCAGGCGCUUUCUCAGCAGAUUUCGCCAGAUCUAUGAUUAAAAUGGGAAAUAUAAGGCCAUUGACCGGAACGCAUGGACAAAUUCGUGUUAAUUGUGGGAAGCGCAACUAAAACCAGAGCAACCGCGCUGUGGGUCGAUCUGCUUUACUAGCUACGUACAUAUAUACAUUUUCAUCAAGGAUGAAAUAAGAGAUUCAUCUCUCAUCUGUGAAGAGAAAGAUGCAGAUAUUGAUCUCAUAAUAUAGCUGUUAAGAAGUUGGUUAUAUAAUCGUU